CGCCUUCCACGUCUCGCUCGCCAGCCAAAACAGCGCCCGCCGGUGUCCUCGUUCUACGUGUUCCUGACGACUGUUCGACGUAUCGCGCUCUACGGACGCAGCAUCGGCGGCUUUACAAAACAUCCUGAGGAUUCCGCGAGCGAGGAUCGGCCGUCAGGAUGUCGGUUAUGCUCACGAAAUUCGAGUCUAAGAGCAAUCGCGUCAAGGGCCUUUGCUUCCAUCCGACUCAACCUCUGCUAGCAGCUGCGCUGCACAACGGAAGUGUACAGCUAUGGAACUAUCGUAUGGGUGUACUGGUUGAUAGAUUUGAGGAGCACGAAGGUCCCGUACGCGCCAUUGCGAUUCAUCCCAGCCGCCCAUUACUCGCGACAGGUGGUGAUGACUACAAAAUCAAAGUCUGGGAUCUCCGCCCACAGAGUCGGAGAUGCCUAUUCACCCUCCACGGCCAUUUAGAUUACAUUCGCACUGUUCAUUUCCAUCAUGAAAUGCCCUGGAUUAUAUCCUGUUCCGACGACCAGACCAUCCGCAUCUGGAACAGCACCUCCCGGAACUGCAUUGCUAUCCUCACCGGCCACUCACAUUACGUCAUGUCCGCCUUCUUCCACCCCAAGGAGGACCUUGUCGUCUCCGCGUCCAUGGAUCAGACUGUCCGUGUUUGGGACAUCUCCGGCCUCCGCAAGGGCACGCCCAACACUCAACCCGGCGCGUUCGAUACCUUUGACAACUUCUCCACGGUCAAAUAUGUCCUCGAGGGUCACGACCGGGGCGUCAACUGGGCGAGCUUCCACCCUACUCUCCCUCUGAUCGUCUCAGCUAGCGACGACAGGCAGGUGAAGAUCUGGCGCAUGAGCGAGACAAAGGCAUGGGAGGUCGACGCGUGCAGGGGACACUUCAACAACGUUCUCUGCGCCCUAUUCCAUCCUAUGCGCGAGCUCAUCGUAUCCUGUGGCGAGGACAAGACUAUUCGCGUCUGGGACCUGCAGAAGCGUGCGGCGAUCCAGACCUUCCGCCGCGAGCAGGACCGGUUCUGGGGCCUUGCUGCCCACCCGCAUCUGAACCUCUUCGCGGCUGCGCAUGACAGCGGUCUCAUCGUCUUCAAGCUUGAGCGCGAGCGUCCGGCAUUCGCCGUGCACAACGAUGUCGUGUACUAUGUGCGCGACAAGCAGGUGCGGUCGUACGACAUGAACACGGGAUCCGAUCUCGGCCUCCUGGAUGUCAAGAAGUUCGGCAGCCCGUAUAUCCCACCCAGGACCUUGAGCUACAACCCUGCCGAGCGUGCUGUUGUCCUGACGAUGUCUUCCGACAACGGCAUAUACGAGCUGUCCAGCCUGCCCAGAGACGCUAGCAACUCCACCAAAGACUCGGCAUCGGAUGGCAAACGCGGCUCGGGACAGAGCGCCAUCUUUGUCGCCCGGAAUCGUUUCGCCGUGCUGAACAAGACAUCACAGAUCAUCGAAGUACGCGACCUUGCCAACUCAGUGGUCAAGACCGUGCAACCUCCCGUGCAAACGAACGAGAUCUUCUACGGCGGUACCGCUAGCAUCAUUCUUAGCUCUGCCACUUCCGUCGUUCUGUACGACAUUCAGCAACAGAAGACCGUUGCGGAGAUCAAUACACCUCCAGUCAAGUACGCGGUGUGGAGUGCGGAUGGGUCCUUGGUUGCCCUCAUGAGCAAACAUACGAUCACUAUUGCGAACCGGAACUUCUCGCACCAUACGCUCAUACACGAGACGAUCCGCAUCAAGUCUGGCGCAUGGGACGACAAUGGAGUGUUCAUCUACUCUACCUUGAAUCACGUUAAGUACUGCUUGCCUCAGGGAGACCACAGCGUCAUCUGCACGCUUGACAACCCGGUAUACCUCACUCGCAUCAAGGGCAAGACGAUUCAUUGCCUAGACCGCACCGCGCGCCCGCAAACCAUUACGUUCGACCCUACCGAGUACCGCUUUAAGCUUGCGCUGCUGCGCAACAACUACGAGGAGAUGCUGAACAUCAUUAAGACGUCGAACUUGCUUGGACAAAGCAUCAUCGCGUAUUUGCAGCAAAAAGGCUUCCCCGAGAUUGCCCUGCACUUUGUUCAGGACAAGAACAUGCGUUUCGACCUUGCCCUUGAAUGCGGCAACCUUGACGUAGCCCUCGAGAUGGCCAGAGCCAUUGACCGACCUGAGAGCUGGUCGAGACUAGCUCAGCAGGCGCUCAAACAAGGAAACCAUAAGAUCGUCGAGACGGCUUACCAGCGCACCAAAAACUUCGAGCGCUUAUCCUUCCUAUAUCUCGUCACCGGUAGCACUGACAAGCUCUCCAAAAUGCAAAAGAUAGCGGACAUGCGCGGGGAACCGAUGUCGAGAUUCCACAACGCGCUGUACACCGGGGAUGUUCGGGGACGCAUCGCAGUCCUUCGCGAUGUUGGCAUGCAUCCGCUGGCAUACCUCACCGCGAAGACCAACGGUUUGACGGACCUUGCGGAAGAGAUUUUACAGGCCGCCGGCCUCUCUGAAGACGACAUCGAAGAUGUGCCUGCAUUCGGACCUUCGUCUCUCGGUCCUGCGCCAAUCAUCACGUCCACCUCGAACCUCAACUGGCCCUCGCUGGCGACCGGGGAGAGCUUCUUUGACAAGGCCCUCGCUAACGGCAUCGAGCCUUCCGAAGAGCUUGUCAAUGGCGACGCAGGUGGUGCCGACGAGGCUCUUGACCAGUGGGCACAAGACGAGGAAGCGGGCGAGGACGAAGAGGAAGGUGGAUGGGAUCUGGACGCUGGUGCUGAGGACGCGCCGGUGGAGGUGGAAGACGAGUUUGCUACACCACCGGACGAAGAGCUCGGUGCCGGAGCGUCACCUGGAAUCAGCGAGAACGAGUUAUGGAUACGCAACUCGCCGUUCGCUGCAGAUCACGUCGCUGCUGGAUCUUUCGAGACGGCCAUGCAGCUACUCAACCGUCAGCUCGGCAUCGUCAACUUCAGCGAACUCAAAUCGCACUUCGUGUCGACGUACAGGUCGUCUCACGUUUACUUCACGCCGUUGGCCUCUGUACCGCCCCUCCAACUCCACAUAAGGCGGGAUCCCGCGGAGUCCGCAACGAGCAAGGUCCUGCCUGUCGCAGUACGAUCGUUGGCCUCUGUCCGCACUGAGCUGGCAGACGGUUUCCGCUUUGUGUCCCAUAACAAGCUGCCGGAGGCGCAGGCCACAUUCCGUUCAGCCUUGUACUCUUUGCUACUGGUUCCUAUAUCAUCGGACGAGGAGGCACGAGAUUGGCGAGAAACCGUUACCACCGCCCGCGAAUACCUUCUUGGGGUGUCUAUAGAGCUCGAACGGCGUCGCGUAGCUCAGGAAGAUCCAGAAAACGUCAGGCGCAGCUUGGAGUUGGCGGCGUACUUUACGCACUGCCAGCUGCAGCCUCCUCACCUGCAGAUCGCUUUGCGAAGCGCCAUCAACGUGUUCUCGAAGGCAAAUAAUCACGCUGCAACUGCGAAGUUUGCCCGGAGGCUCAUCGAGCUCAACCCGGACCCGAAGAUUGCCGCUCAGGCACGCCAGCGGAUUGCUGCCGGAGAGCGCAACCCGAGGAACGCCAUCGAGACCUCAUACGACGAUUCGACAGAAUUCGACAUCUGCGCGGCGACCUACACGCCAAUCUACCGCGGCGGGGAGCGCGUGCACUGCCCGUACACGGACGCGUCCUAUCUGCCGCAGUUCAAGGGCAAGUUGGAUCCGCUGUUGCAGUUGACUGAGAUCGGUGUGGUCGUGGCGGGGUUGCCGGCGCCGCGGUGAGAGACGUAUAAAGCGUACGAGGUGGAUAUAUACAAUGUUUCUUCGGAUGGAUUUCGGCCGUAACAUCAUGGCGUGAUGUUCGUCGUGAAGGUUCGAGUAAGAUAAACGUCAAAUACGAUAAUGGAUGUUCAUGCUUCAG